AUGGGUCAAAAACCGAGUCAUAAGGUGAAAUUGUCUAUUGGAGGCCGUAGCGACGAUCGAAUACAACAUUUACUGCAAUCGGGUCGUCGAUAUCGUCAACAUAAGGACUACGAACGCGCUAAAAAGCAAUAUAUUAAAGCUCUUGAUAGUGUCAUUAAUAAUAAGCUAGAAAAAGUUCUAUAUCGAAAUCGAUUACUGUUAGAAAUUUUCCUUGAUAUUUCUCGCUGCCAUCGAAAACUUUUACAAGUGGAUGAAGCAAAUUAUUACUGUAGACUUGCUGAAAAUGUAGCUAAACAAAUUCGAAAUCAACUCGCUAACGAUCACAGUUUAGAUUCUAUUUCCGAUUGCGACAUGAAAAAGCAAGAUCAUGCAGCAUUAGAUACCCACAAUUUGGAUCAUUUUGGAAGGAACGAAUUAAGAAGUUAUGACUUGGCAAUUGGUAUAUUAUAUGGUAAGAUUGGAAGAAUGUAUUUUGCACAAUGUAAAUACAGUGAAGCUUUACCUAUCUGUAAAACAGCAAUCAAUAUUCAAACGACAUUGCGUAGCAAAUGUGAUCAAGAUAUCGCUACAUUAUAUGAUGUUAUUGGACAUGUCUAUAAAUAUAAAAGUAAGUACGAUGAAGCUUUGUCACACUAUCAAGCCUCGUUAAAUAUGAGGCAAGAAUUGAAAGAAACAAAUAAGUUAGACCUAGCUAACUCUUAUGAAAACAUUGCUGAUAUCUAUAGUAGACAACGGAAAUUAGAUGAUGCUUUAUCCUUAUAUGAAACAUCGCGAAACCUUAGACAAGAAAUAUUAGGAAAUGACGCCAUCGAAAUUAAGCAUUCAAAUGGGCGUAUAACCAAAAUCCUUUAUUUACAAGACAAACAUAACGAUCUAUGA